CUAAUCGAUUAGUGGGGCUCUGACGUCUACCUAGUACCUAUAGUCCGUUGCUAUUGACUUUCUCACUUUCUCAACCGCAAACUAUUUUUUAUUUUUAUUCCAGUUUUCCUCCAUACCUUUUAGCUUCACCCGCGAACGAGAAAAAGGAGCAUAUACAGACACGAUGGAUAAAUCCGACCUCCUGUUAUACGCCAAGGAGUAUGCCACAACGCAGGAUCUCUACGAGCUUCUGGGCGUCACCUCCGACACGCCCAAAGAAGACAUCCACCGCGCCUGGCGCAAACGCAGUCUAAAAUACCACCCCGAUAAAGCCGGCGCCAACUUCGACGCCUCGAAAUGGGAGCUCUUCGAGCGCGCGCGGGACGUGCUCUCGGACGCGCCCGCCCGCGAGGUCUACGACUCGCAGCGCUCCGCCGCCCUCCUGCGCGAGCAGCAGCGGCGCGCCAUGGACGCCAAGAAGCGCUCCAUGGUCGAGGAUCUCGAAGCCCGCGAGCGCGGCGGCGGCGACGCCAAGCGUCCGCGAAACGGUAACGGGCCAGCUACGAGCGAGGCGGAGAGGCAGCGGUUGGUCGAGGCGGGGAAGAGGCGCAUGGAGGCGAGGCAGAAGCUGAUGAGGGAUGCGGAGAUGAGGGAGAGGGAGAGGGAGAGGGAAAGGAAAAGGGAGCAAGCGAGGGUCCGGCUCCAGGAGGCCCUUGCUGCUAACGAAAAUACGACUACUGCCCCUGCCCCUACCCCCACCCCCUCGAAGAAAACCCCGGACCACAAGAAGAACAGCGACAGUGAUGCAAACGCAAAGCCGCCCGCCUCGACGAACCCUCAAGGCGAUGAUGACUACGAGAGACAGAUCGCGGAUAUCGAGAGGCGGCUAGAGGAGGCGCGAGUGCGCAAAGCGGCAGCCAAAAAGGACAAGAAGAAAAAGAAAACUGGAAAGGACGACGGGCGAGAGGAGCCCCAGGCUACACAUACCCCCGACACGGAUAACCCUAACCCACGAAUAUCAGCCGAGGCGCCUCCUGCUAUUCCUAAAGCUCCCGCGGCCGAGGCCCGGGCCCCCGGCAGCAUGUCGUCGACAUUAGCCCGACUCGUCGCGGCGCAGGCGGCCAAGGACGCGAGGAAAGCCGCGGAGGCUGCUGCCGCUGCCGCUGCCGCCGGCACCACGGUUGAAUGACCCCUAGGUGUCUACCUGACUGCCUACCUACCUACGCAACCUAUUCGAUAUGAUGAUACGUCUCUAUCCGUCUUUUUUUUUCUUUGCUUUUUUGCGUUAUGAUACCCCAGCUUUCGGAUAAAUAGACAUGAGUGUACAAUGAUAUGUAGACUGACUACCUAGGUAUAUACUAUGGUUAGGACAAAAUAAUAGGCUGUCCGCAGUUACGUGACAACUAACUACAUGGAUGGAUGGAAUAGAUAAAAAUGAAAGAGCAUUUUAUUUGCCGUUCUAAA